AUGUCAGAGCUCAAGACACACCCAGAGACUCCCAAAUGGGUCUCUGACCUCAAGUCGCCCCCUCCAUACAAGUCCAAGGCCGGCGGUAUUCCAGACCCUCUAGGCUUUCCAUCUCAGACCUCAGGCUCCAAGCGAGAUGCCUCGAAAGACACAAAGAUCCAGCCGCGAAAGCAAGCUACGCCGGAAGAGAUGGAUACCCUGAAGCUGAAGAAGGCCUGGGAGGUGGCCCUCGCCCCAAUCAAGAGCUUGCCCAUGACCGCCAUCAUGAUGUACAUGACCGGCAAUUCGUUACAGAUAUUCAGCAUCAUGAUGGUCUUCAUGGCUUUCAAGAACCCGAUUGCCGGACUGAUAGCUACCAAUCAGGCGUUUGAGCGCUUCGAGACGGAGACGAACAAGGUCAAGAUGCUGCAGGCCAAGCUGGCCUACGUCGCCAUGCAAUUCGUUGCCCUGGCGGUGGGAAUAUGGAAAGUCAACUCAAUGGGGCUCUUACCGACCACGCGCUCAGAUUGGCUGGCUUGGGAGGCGCAGAGGGAACCUUUGGAGGCCGCCGUUGUGGCACUAUAG